GUCACUUCUCUGUUUACAUUUCCUCUUCCUCUUUAUUCAUUUCGCCUCCGGAAGACCAGUCAACCCAGAAUCCUCCAUUCAGAAGACAACGCGGUUUUCGAGUCAUUACAGUCAAAAGACAACCUUGGAACGAGCAAAGAAGCCAGCACGGAGCUGCGGAAGUCCAAAUCUUUAGCCCACCCCCGAACCCACCAAAAGAGAAUUCGCCCUUUUCGACCACUCUGAGAGAUUCCUCCAUGGGAUUUAACACCCCAAUCUGUCAUUCCCGUCAUACCCAUCAUCAGCAUCAUCGUUUCUUGCGUCAAUGAAAGAUCCUGACUCGAUGGAAAGCCUGAGCUUGAGCCCGGAUGAUGCCUUGACCGCCACCCUCUUCAACUCUGUUCAGGCUCUGGGCAGGGGAUUUGAUGUCACUUCUGAUAUCAGGCUCCUUUAUUGCAAGGGUGCUCCGGGGUCCAGGCUUGUGGUCCUUGACGAUGAUCGUGUGAGGGAUCUUGUGGUGUCCGAUGGUGUUGUCCUGCCUAGUGUGUCCGCUGAUAUUGAGUGCUCGCGAGGGAGAGGGAAGAUUGAGAGGUCUAGUGUCUGUAGCUUCCAUGAGAUGGCCGAAUAUUUUAAUGACCAAUCAGGUAUAUCAGGAUCAACACCACUUGGAAGCUUCAAUGCCAUGUUCAAUUUUACCGGCUCUUGGCAAGUUGAUGCAGCAUCUACAAAGUCACUUUCCAUGGUUGGGUACUUCAUUCCCUUGUUUAAGGUUGAAUUGACAAAGCUUGAGUUGGUUUUACGGGAGGAAAUCAAGCGCGCUGUUCCCUACUCAUGGGAUCCUGCUUCUCUGGCUAGCUUUAUCGAGAACUUUGGUACCCAUAUUGUUACUUCUGCAACUGUCGGUGGAAGAGAUGUAGUUUAUAUCAGGCAGCAUCAAUCAUCUUCUUUGUCAACAUCAGACAUUGAAAGUUAUGUAAAAGACAUUGAGAUUCAUCGGUUUCAAGAAUCCAGGAAUCAACCAAAUGCAGGCCUCCCAAAAUACAAAGACAAGGAUGUCACAGUAAUCUUUAGGAGGCGAGGCGGUGACGAUCUUGAGCAGAAUCAGGCUAAGUGGGCCGACACUGUAAGAUUAGCACCAGACGUGAUUAACAUGACAUUUACACCCAUUGUUAAACUUCUCGAAGGAGUGCCUGGUAUAAAGCACUUGGCCCGUGCUAUAGACUUAUAUUUGGAAUAUAAACCUCCGAUCGAGGAUCUACAGUAUUUUUUGGAUUUUCAAAUUGCUAGUGUCUGGGCUCCGGAACAGAAGAAUCUUCAAAGGAAAGAGCCUGUCUGUUCAUCCCUCCAGUUCAGCUUGAUGGGUCCCAAGCUAUACAUUAGUCCAGAUCAGGUGACUGUUGGUCGUAAGCCUGUGACAGGGUUGAGACUUGCAAUUGAGGGGAGCAAGCAAAAUCGGCUCGCUAUCCAUUUGCAACACCUGGUUUCUCUUCCCAAAGUUCUCCAACCCCAUUGGGACACGCACAUGGCUAUUGGUGCUCCCAAGUGGCAAGGCCCCGAGGAGCAGGACAGCCGUUGGUUCGAGCCGAUCAAGUGGAAGAACUUUUCCCAUGUCAGCACCGCUCCAAUAGAGCACACCGAGACCAGCAUUGGCGAUCUCUCGGGGGUCCACAUCGUCACGGGGGCUCAGCUCGGUGUUUGGGACUUUGGGUCCAAGAACGUACUGCACCUUAAACUCCUCUUUUCCAAGGUCCCAGGUUGUACGAUAAGGCGGUCUGUAUGGGAUCACAACCCCGCGAAUGCAUCUUUGCCAAAGAAUGACGGUGCUUCCUCAUCAGCAUCUAAAGAUAAGACGACCAGUGACAAAAAGGAAGACAGUUCAAAUAAACCCGGAAAACUGGUGAAGAUUGUGGACAUGAUGGAAAUGUCCAAGGGCCCGCAAGAUAUUCCCGGUCAUUGGUUGGUUACGGGGGCAAAACUAGGAGUUGAUAAGGGAAAGAUCCUCUUACGCAUAAAGUACUCGCUGUUGAACUACUGAUUCAUCGUGUAUUACCCGGUAGGUUGAAUUUUCUGUUUUUUGGGUGGUGUUUAGCGUAGAAAAAUGCAUUCUUUGCACAGGUGAUCACCUUGAAUUGUUCUGUACAUUCUUCUUUUGUAUGCCCUCUUUAAGGUCAUCUAUUGAUGAUGCAGAAUUAUUGACAAUUUGUUUUGGUUAUUCACAAAUCAACUUAGUGGCUGCUGGAUAA